AAACAAUAUAAAUCACUUACAAGUAGGAUCGCUGGAGUUGGUUAACUCUAUGGCUCACCGUGUUUUAUCCUACAAAGACCUCAUGAAGUCGGAAGCCUGGUGAGAACGUACGAGUACUACCCAUCACUCCAUGCGGCAUUAGCGGAGAAAAUGGCGGAUUGAAUGUAGAUUAUGUCUUCGAAAGCAAGGUCUGAUGGAGGUGAAUUGGAAAACCAGUUUAUUUUACGUGUGCCUCAGGUUUAUGCGUCAGCACUAAGUCUUGCAAUCCAGAAUGGCACGUUAAAAGAUAGGCUUUCGAUUGAGUUUCAAGCCGACUAUAGACAUGCAACAGUCAGAUUUGAUGGGACAGCUUUAUCAGCUAAGCUUGUGGAUCUGCCAAGCAUAAUAGAAUCUCACAAGACAGUGGACAGCAAAAGCUUCUACAAGACUGCAGACAUCUGCCAGGUACUGUUUUAACACCAGACCAAAACUCCAUUCACUCAAUG